AAUGAUGGAUGGGUAUUGUAGGUCAAGUUAUAGAAAAUUUCCAAAAACUUUAAUAAGUGGGAUAGCAAAUAAGUCACUUGCAGGCUUAUUCACAAACCAAAGAGGUUAUUAGAGAGAAAUUAAAUCGAUGUUAUUGAAAGGUCUGCUUUUGAUACACUCAAUGACCAAACAUUUAUAUAGUAUAUCAAAAUUGACCACGUACGGUAAAAUAUGUCGUAUUUCCGGUGGUCUAGAGCCAUUGCAAAAGAAAGACAGGUAAAGUGUGGUAAAUAAAAUUGCAAUGUAAGUGUUUAUGUGGUUUCCAUUCAAUUUUCCAGUAUACUAUUGAAAAGUACUUAAGAUUGUCUAAAAUAGCUAUCGGAAUAAACAGUAAUUAUUCAAAUUGACACGCACUUCCGCUUGUAAAAACUUCUCUUGGCAUUUGGUAGCUUGAGAGAAGUAGUCGAAAAAGGGAUAUAUUUAAAAAACAAAUAAAACAUGUUAAGAAAACUGUUAGAAAAUGGAUGUCGAGCACCUGCGUUACCAACUGCUGUGAGAUCCAAUGUUCUUCGUAUUUUUCCUACAAGAAAUGUCACUAGCGAUGUGGCUCAGCAAGAAGACCCUAACUUUCAUGAAAUGACAGAAUUUUUCAUUGAGAAUGCCAGAUAUUACGUCGAAGAAAGACUGGCAAAUAGGGCAGACGGGCCAGGAAAAAGGCCAACUCCUCCAGAGCAAAAAAGACAGGCGGUGAAAGGUAUCUUAGACAUAGUCAAGCCUUGCAAUGCUGUGUUGGCAGUGAAUUUUCCAGUAAGAAAAGAUAAUGGUGCCAUUGAAGUAAUACAUGCAUAUCGUGCCCAGCACAGUCAUCACAGAGUCCCAUGUAAGGGAGGAAUUCGAUACAGUGCUGAUGUUAAUAUUGAUGAGGUACAAGCUUUGGCAACGCUGAUGACAUUCAAAUGUGCAGUGGUAGAUGUGCCGUUUGGUGGGGCUAAGGGAGGCAUUGCUAUCAACCCACACCAUUAUUCUGAUGGUGAAUUAGAAAGAAUCACAAGGCGGUUUACAGUUGAAUUGGCAAAGAAAGGAUUUAUAGGCCCAGGUUUGGAUGUUCCCGCUCCAGACAUGGGUACUGGUGAAAAAGAAAUGUCGUGGAUGGUUGACACAUAUGAUAUGACUCUUGGUCACGGUAAUAUCAAUGCAUAUGCAUGUGUCACAGGAAAGCCAAUCAGCAGGGGUGGAAUUCACGGACGUAUUUCUGCAACUGGAAGGGGUGUCUAUCAUGGCAUUGAGAAUUUUCUCAGAUCAGAAUCAUACUGCAAGAUCAUUGGAUUAUCACCCGGUUUGAAAGACAAGACAUUCAUUGUGCAAGGUUUUGGUAAUGUUGGUCUACAUUCAUGUCGCUAUCUGAACAGAUUUGGAGCAAAGUGUAUAGGUGUGAUAGAACGCGAUGGCAGCAUAUUCAAUCAAAAUGGUAUUGAUCCAAAAAAUCUAGAAGACUAUAAACUGCAACAUGGGACAAUUCUUGGCUUUCCUGGAGCACAGAUGACAACUGAAGAUUUGCUUGAAGCAGAAUGUGAUAUUUUACUCCCAGCAGCGGGAGAAAAACAAAUAACAUCAAAAAAUGCCCACAAUAUAAAAGCUAAGAUUAUUGCAGAAGGUGCCAAUGGACCAACAACUCCAGCUGCCGACAAGAUAUUAAAAAAUAAAAAUAUUUUAGUAAUACCGGAUUUAUACUUGAAUGCCGGUGGUGUGACUGUAUCUUACUUCGAAUGGUUAAAAAACUUAAACCAUGUCAGCUACGGGAGACUUACAUGGAAAUAUGAAAAGGAAAGCAAUAGUCAUUUACUAGGAAGUGUUGCUGAAAGUUUAAAGCAGGGCUUUGGUAAAGAUAUCCCAGUUCAGCCUACGGAAGCAUUUAAAGAAAGAAUAGCGGGUGCAUCAGAAAAAGACAUCGUCCAUUCAGGUUUAGAAUAUACCAUGGAAAGAUCUGCUAGGCGUAUUAUGUCUGUCGCAAAGGAAUAUGAUCUAGGCUUGGAUCUCCGUACGGCUGCCUAUAUUGUUUCUGUUGAGAAAAUAUAUGGAACUUAUGUUGCAGCAGGACUGACAUUUUAAUAACGUAUCAUUCAAGUUGCAAGCGACUAUGAUCUGGCUUUAGAUUUGAGAACUGCUGCCUACAUUCAUGGCAUAGAAAGAUUAUACAAUACAUAUGCAGCAGCUGGAUUGGUCACUUUCUAAAAGGAACAUUUUUAGUUUUGAAGUUAUUUUUAAAGAAACUGUGUUGGUGAACAACAAGGUUGUGUCAACUGAUGCACGAUAUACACCAGUCUUUUUAACAUGGUUAGCGAUAUGCUUUCCAAAAGAUGUUGUCCAAACGAAAAGGACGAGAAUUAAUGACGAUAUAGAAAUCCAUUCUUACUUCUCCACCACCAUAUUUCUGGCGAAAUUUUCUCAUCAUUUUCGUUAAAAUCCUUAUUACUUUCUGACGUAUUUAGGUUUUCUAUUUUUUCGUGAAAUAAGCAAUGAAUCACAGCACAUGGAUUUCUAUACGAUUGCUAGUUCCAGGCCUUUUCUCUCGGUCACCAAAGCUUGGUUAUAAACGCAGAUUUGUCGUGAUGCUAUUGUUGUGUAGACUGUAGACCACUCAAUAUGUUGGUAGAUUUACUGAAAGUUUUUUCUCACGAAGUAAUUAUUGUUCCUAGUUAAGAAUAUUUGAUGAUUAUUUAAGUAAGUUCAUUUAAUAGAAAAAAUACAACCUAA